UCAGUCCAAAAUCCAACUAACUGAAAAAAGCUUGCCAAACAAGCUGAGUUUGGCUUCGCAUCGUUUCCGUUGCCCAUUCUAUCUAUCAUUAUUUUUCAUUUUUUUUUCUCUAUAAAUAUUUCACUUCCAUUCUCCAAAAGGACAAAAAUUCUGUGUAGCUCUAGGUCUAGGGUUUCUCCAUUUCAUAUAAUUGAAGCAAAAAUGUCGCAGCAGCAAUACGGGAAAUUAAUGCCUAAUCUGGACCAACAAAGCACCAAGCUCCUCAAUCUAACCGUCCUCCGUCGCAUCGAUCCUUUUGUGGAGGAAAUUCUCAUCACCGCCGCUCAUGUCUCCUUCUACGAGUUCAACAUCGACCUUAGCCAAUGGAGCCGAAAGGACGUCGAAGGAUCUCUUUUCGUUGUCAAGAGGAACACGCAGCCUAGGUUUCAGUUUAUUGUGAUGAAUAGACGCAACACUGAUAAUUUGGUGGAGAAUCUCUUGGGAGAUUUUGAGUAUGAAGUUCAGGAUAAAUAUCUACUAUACCGCAAUGCUUCUCAGGAAAUAAAUGGCAUUUGGUUCUAUGAUGCACAUGAACUUGAGGAGGUUGCAAAUCUUUUUAGCAGGAUUCUUACUGCAUACUCGAAGGUGCCCCAGAAGUCAAAGGUAACAUCAACAAAGGGUGAGUUUGAAGAGCUGGAAGCUGUUUCAACAAUGGCCAUUAUGGAUGGUCCUAUGGAGCCAACAUUGUCAACUGCAUCCAAUGCUGCUGAUGAUCCUUCCUUUGUGAAUUUCUUCAGUACAGCUAUGACCAUUGGAAGUGCUUCAAAUGCAGUAGUUUCUGGACAACCGUACCAAUCUUCUGCGGCAAUGCCUGCACCUUCUAACACGGCUAUUGAUGCCUCCACUGCAGUGCCAGCUUUGCAAUUACCUUCUCUUCAAUCAUCUUCUAAUCCCUUAAUGCCACUACUUGAUAGCCCUGAAUCCAGCAGCAAUCAUACUAAUCUUGUAAAGCCGUCAGCAUUCUUUGUGCCUCCUUCCUCUUCUGCACAUAUAUUGCCACCGGUCUCUGCAUCAUUGCCCACUGCUCCUCUACUUAAUCCUCCUUUGAGUCUGCAACGCCCGUAUGGUGCUCCAUUGCUUCAACCCUUUCCACCACCCACUCCAUCACUGUCUCUUACACCCGCCUCUGUUCCCACUCAAAACUACGGUCUGACUAUCAGCAGAGAAAAAGUUCGUGAUGCACUUUUGGCUCUUGUUCAGGACAAACAAUUCAUUGACCUGGUCCACGGAGCAUUGCUAAAUGCACAUCAUUCCUGACCACCUAAUUGAAAGCAGCGUUAUUAUACCUUUUGCCAUCUUUUUGUUUUUCUCUCCCUUUUGUUAUCGAUACAAAAAAGUUUAAAAAAAAAAAAAAACACGCAAUUUGUAUAGCAUUUUGUCUUCCUCGUU